AUGGCCUACGUGGAGAGCUACUACUUGGAUGGAAACAUGGAGAACGAGCCCGCGCAGCUCGUGUCCGAGGAGCAAUCCGCCGAGGCGCAAGUAGUUGAAACCGAAAUGGAAGUGUCCUCCACUCAUCUCUUCCUCGUUCAGCUCGAACAACUGCUUGCCGAUCGUCCGUUGCAUGACAUGGAAAUCGGCAGAAUCGUCGCAUCGCAACAGGUCUUCAACGGAGCCGGAAACCCGGUGGCCGAGCCGCCCGCCUCGGAUUACUGUGGAUUCGAGUCGGACGACAUGCCGCCUAUUUACCGUGCCCAACUUCGUCAGCUCCAGAAGGAGAAGCUGAUGGCAAAGGCGAAGAAUGAGAAGUCGGAGUACGCCUACCACGUGGCCGCUGAGCUCGAGGCGGCUCCAAAAGAGUUCAAGAACUGUAAAUGGGUCAGGGAUUGUGAGGAAGAAAUGGGAAAAUGUUUGCAGACAGCGUCGGAGCCAUGGACGCCGAGGACUAUGUGCCGGGAUUCUCGCCGCCGCAGCAGAACGACGAGAUCCACAAGAGAAGCGACAUUUCUGUUAGAUCUGAACGCUGCAGAAGUUGAGAUAAUGUUCGAUAUUCAGCUGCCGAAAGGAGAGAAAGUGAUGGCCACCGAGAACGUCUUCCACUUGGGCGGCGGUUCCCAGUACGUGCUGCUUCCCCACGAGGACGCCGAGCUGGUGAACGCUCCGAAGAAGUCGCAGACCGAAAGCCGUAGGUCGCAUCCAUCUCCAUUGAGCCAAUCCGAACAUUUCAGUGAUCUCGUACACCAUGUCCGAUUACUCUACGGUGCUCACUGCUACGGUAGACUCGCCGAAUCCCCUCGGCAAACCUGAAAGCACACUUUUUAGCUCGGCCCUGCUCUCGGAGCUUUUUCGGUGCACAGCCCGACCACCCGUUCGGUCAUGAAGUCGUCGCGUGGCGCCGUCGCGGACAAGUACAAGGGACUGAGUGCGUUCCGUCCGGUCACCGCUUCUCUGGAAUCGCAAUACGCCGACCCGGAACUCAAUUGA